CAACAAGAAUCUGGAUUUGGCGGCAAUUCUGUGUCUUACCGAGGAGGUGAGAACCGGAUCUACGUUGGCAACCUUCCCCCUGAUAUUCGUGCCAGAGAUAUUGAAGAUCUCUUCUACAAAUUUGGCAGGAUAACCUUUGUGGACCUGAAAACCAGGCGAGGACCACCAUUUGCUUUUGUGGAAUUUGAAGACCCUAGGGAUGCAGAAGACGCUGUACGGGAAAGAAAUGGCUACAACUACGACAACUACAAGUUGAGAGUUGAAUUUCCACGUGGAACUGGACCUGGUGGACGGGGCCGAGGUCGCGGAAAAGGUGGACCCCCUUCGCGUCGCUCCCAGUACAGAGUGUUUGUGUCAGGUUUACCAAAAUCUGGCAGCUGGCAAGACUUGAAGGAUCAUAUGCGUGAAGCUGGUGAUGUCUGCUAUGCAGAUGUCUUCAAUGAUGGCUCUGGAAUGGUGGAAUUUCUGAGAUAUGAAGACAUGCGGUAUUCUGUGAAGUACCUGAAUGAAUCUAAAUUCCGAUCUCAUGAGGGUGAACAAGCCUAUGUCCGUGUGAAGCAAGACUACCGGGGACCUUCCCGUUCCAGAAGCAGAAGCUAUUCUCCACGACGCACUCGAGAUUCGCCACGCUACACACCGAUGAGGCUGCGCUCUCGCUCACCCUCAUCUCUCUCCACAUCUUACUCUCGUUCCAGAUCACCUUUUUGAACUGAAACAAACCAUUUUUUUUUCCUUUUAUUAAUCUGUCUGUGUGUAUGGGUCAAGUAUGGCUCCAAUGGAUACGACACUACAUUUUUCUUUUCUCUUCUCUUCCAUUUCUCAUUGUUUAGUUGUCACAUUUUUCAUCAAAUCUGGUGUGUGGAUGGAUUAAGGACUGGGCAUUGAAAGUAGGGAUGGGGGUGGGGACCAAUCUUUAGACUAAGAUAAUUGGAACUUAGCUUCAUAAUCUUUGAAUUCCUUUCUCCUUUGUUUUCAGCUUUUACCCCCCCCCCACCUUAUGUUACGAUUUUUUCCCAGCCAAUUUCUUUGUAUUUUUUGAUGCUUUCACAUUACAAUUUAGCAUAGAAUGAAAUAAUUUGUGAUUAUAACCACAACAAUAACAAAAACAAUAAUAAUAAUCCAACCCCCUCUUCAUUUUUUUGUUUUCAAUUUUUUUUUUCUUUAAGUUCUUUUUGUAGUAAAAUAACAGAAAAAAAUUAUUUGGGUUUCACUUCUAAAUAAAAGUUUGGUGAAACGCUUCAUUAGAAUUUGAUAAUAUAUAUGUAUACUUAUGAGUGUGUGUGUAUAUUUCUAUACAUACAUACACACACAUUUUUGCUUACUUCGUGGUAUAAAAAAACAUAACUAUAUACAUGUUGUGUGUUAGAGGUGUGUAUAGGCUUGUCAUAUACAUAGAGUGAGUGUGUGUAUGUAUAUAUAUAUAUAUAUAUAUAUAGUCGAAGCUGUUGCAAUGUACUUUUUGACUUGACCUUGCUUUGAAUAUCACAUCUUUUCCUUUUCUUCUGCUACUGUUCUCGACUCCUCUCUCUCACCCUCCAUCCACCUUGUUUUACCAUUUUCCUCUUCCAGCUGGGGGGUUUUGUUUCUCUAUGCUUUAAUGAUUGUUUAUUGUGCUCCUCUUUCCUAGAUCCUGUGUGUUGGUACUCACAGUUACUGUGGAGCAGCAAAGGAAUGUACCUACCUACCUACGUACCUAAUCUACCUAUCUACCACACACACUCACAGAGCCGUCCAGAUCAUUGAUUUACGGACACACACCACAUUAACUGCUGUUUUCUCUCUCUCUCACUCUCUCUUUCUCUCACUCUCUCUCUCUCUUUCUUUCUUUCUCUCUCUCUCUCUUUCAUUCAGCGGAAUAUUGCUCCAAGAUUUCCAAUGCCACAAAAAAUAAAAAGAAAGAAAUUAUAUAUAUCUAUAAAAAAAAUGUGUAAACAAAACAAACUACAAAAAGUACAAAAACAAAACAAUGAACUGGUAUGCAUCUGUGUAGUCCUUUCAAAAUUUCUUUAAAAAAAAUUUUUAUCUUUUUCUGUUAUUAUUAAUUUUUCUUCAUUAUUCUUUAGAAUUUUUAUUAAUUAGGAUUAAAAAAAAAUAUACGUAACAAAAAAACAUACGAACAAUAUAAAACAUUAAUCUAUCUAUGUGUACACACACACACUGCAUGUAUACACUGCAUAUACAUACGACCGACCGAUAUACACACUCACAAAAACAUAGAUAUACAUGUGUUUAAAAAAAAAAACUUAGAAAAAGAAUAAAAUUGCUAUCUUGCAGUAUUUUACAUAACAAAAAAAAAGUUUCCUUAAUCUUAAGUAACUUUAAUUAUUUUUAAUUACGUUAAUUAAAAGUUAAUAUUUUAUAUUUAAAAGGUUAUAUGCGAAAGGACAGUUUUUAUCUCUUUGUGAGAUUUUGUGGUGUUGACAAAAAAAAAAAAAAUGAAGCAAAGAGCUUUGUCAAAUCUAUGAGGGGGAGAGAGCAUCGUUUUCUUUCCGUUUACUGUUAGGUUCUGUUUCUGUCAUCUCGUUCUUUUCCACUGAAGACCAAACAAAACAAAAUGACCUUCUAUUAGAAUUAUCCCAUACAGUUAUAUAACAUUAUACACACACACACACACACUCUCUCCUCUUUCUCUAUGUAUAAACACUUCUAGUCAUUCAGUAGUUUCUUUUUACUGUCCAACCUCAUUUGUCAAUGAAUGCCCCCCACUUCUUCACACCCCUGUAUACAUAAACACUAAGAACACGAGACACACACCCAAAACGCAAAUAUAACCAUAUUUGGAAGAAAAGAAAAUGUAGUUAUUUUUUUUUUACCAUAUAUGGUGUUGACUCACCACCCCCUAGUGUUCUUCUUGUGUAUCUAUUGGUCCUGAAUGUAGUAAUUAUUUUCAUUCUUUCUUCCUAUACAGUAAUAUACAAUGAUGUUAAUAAUAAUAAUAAUAAUAAUACUCUCUCUCUGUAGUGGUCAUUUCUGUUGGUUAGCAAAAAGGAAAUCCUACUGCAUAACCUUGAGAUUCCCUUCUCUUUCCUUUCAACUCUGGCAAGUCUGAAGUUGUUGUUGUUGUCAUUGUUAGUAGUUGCAGACGCUUCAUACUUAAUAGACUGGCAAAGUAAUGUCUUCUGAGUACCAUCUUUGCCAUUUUGAAUAUGUCUUUCCAUUCCUUUGUAAUUCAAAUUUAUAAAGACAAAAAAAAAAACAAUAAUUAUAUUCUAGAUUUCUUUGUUCCUAGUUCACCUGUCUGUCUAUAUAUACAUAUACACACAUAUACACUCCUGUCUGUUGUUUUGCUUAUACACACACAUCACAUGCAUUUCUUUUAAGUGUGGGCCCAUUUCUAUGCAAAUGCUGGGAGCCACCGAGCGUUAUUUCUUUUCUCUCUUUGUUCUUUUCAUUUCCCCAAAUUUUAUUUUCCAUUCUUCUUCUUCAAAGUUGUAGUGGACCAGAAAUAAGGUUUGUUAUUUCAGUAUCUCUGCUCUUCUGUUCCAAAUAUUUCACAGAAAUAUAUUAUAAUUUUUACACAUGAUGAUGAUGAUGACGAUGAUCACACACAUGCACACACUUAAACACACGCUACUAUUUAGUUUUGUCCAUUUUCCAUGACUGUAAACACACGCACUCACACACAUACAUAGGAAAGAGGAAACCUUAAAGUUUAAUCGCAUUCAUAUUUUCCAUAUAACAGUCCUGUUCCCUUAAUGUUUUUUUAAUGUUAAAGCAGUAUUGAUUUUGAGAGUGUUAUAUAUACAUAUAGGUAUACAUAUGUGUGUGUGUAUAUAUAGAUGUAUAGAUAGAUGUAUAUAAAUGACAUGACUGGUAUGUAAUAACAGUUUAUAAAUUUAUUUCUUUAAAUGGCCACAGCUGAGAUGCAUUUCACAACAACACACCAGGAGUGUCUCUCUUCUGCCACCUUUGGUAGAUCUCUAGUUUCUGUGUGUGUGUGUUGUGUGCUUGUAUUUUAUAUUCUAGUUAGCAGCCUAGUUAUAUACAUACAGUAUAGUUAUAUUACACUCACUCAGUAUCAUUAAAGGUUUUGGUUUUUAUUUUUAGCUUCAAUUCAGUCCCAACAAAGAUGUCAUUCCAUCCAUGACUCUCUCUCUCUCUCUCUCUCCUUUUUGUACAGCUUGGACAAUGUUGUCCUCUGUCGUCUUUUGCUUCGUAUAAUGUGGUAGGUAGAGGUGCAAUUUGACUGCUAUUUCUAGAGGGCUGCAUAACUACAUAGAGGCUCCCAUUUAUGCCUGUUGUUUCAUACAGUUUUGGCUACGUCUAUAUAAACUGCUCUCUCAUAAAUAUAUACAUAAUACCAUAUCUGGAAAAUUCACCGCAAGCAUUUUUUGCCAUGGGAAAUUUCGCUGUAGGAAAUUUUCCCAUAAUUAGAGAAAAUUACCUUUCUCUAAUUGGUAGGUUAGUUGAUGAAGUUGCCAUUUUAAUAAAACAGCUAAUCUUUAUUUUUGCUAUUAAUUUUUUUUUUACGGCAAAAAUGCUUAUAGUGAAAUUUCCUAUAACCACAUAAUACAUACAUUUUACACACAUGUAAACACCCACAUUAUUUUCACUGACCUUCAUGUCUACCUGGAAAAUAGAAUCAAUGUAACCCUGGGCUAAAUUGUUGCUUUCUAUUUAGUUUAUGUAUUUCUGUAGUUCAAGCCCUGUUGAAAUUAAUUCUCUCUUUCUUCCUUCGGCCUCUGUGUGUGUGUGUGUGUGUGAGUGAAACAGCUGUAGGGGAUGUUGGUGGCGUGUCUUUUGAUCAGCUCUAGUCCCAAAUCUCCCCCUCAUGGCAUUAUGGAUUUAUGUAUAUCAGAAAAAAAUAAUUACCAGCUUCGUCUAUUUUCAACUCUAAGAGUUAAUACUUUUUAAAAAAAAAAUAUUUUCUUCCUCCUCCUCCUAUGCUCUCUCUCUCUCAUAAAUUAAGCCCCAUCCCUUCUAUUAUUAUUAUUAUUAUUAUUGCAUACACUGCCUCUUUCCAUGUUGUUUAGUCUUGAUGUUGCUUUUUUAUUUUCUUAUUUUUACUGCAUAAUUUGAAAAACCAAAAUUGUCUUGUAGUUUUAUUCCAUGAAUGAUAUAAAGAUAUGUAAUCUUUGUUGAUUUCAUAACAUUUGUAUUUAAAAAGUAAUAUUAAUAAUGAUAUAAUAUUAAUAAUAAUAAUAAUGAUAUUAUUAUUAUUAUUUAGUCAGUUCUGAUGGUGUCGGCGAGGUGUUUCUAAUGGUAUUCUUCCUUUUUUUUUUUCAUGUACUUCUAAAGGUUAAAUACUUAAAGGAUGGAUUGGAAGCUAGGAGCAUUCAUUGUCUGGAGACAGGAUCCUAGGAACCUGGGUGGAGGGUGAGGAAAAAAAAAUAUUAAAAAAAACAGAGCAAAGGAAAUUUAGUCAUGUUUGUUGUUUUCUCUCCGGAAAAGAACAAAAAACAAAAAUACACAAA